UCCUUGACCAGACAGGCAGGCAUCCCCAGUUGGUUUUCUUCUAGUCCAGGAGUCUCUUUUCUCAAUGCAUCGUUCCCCUCCACCAACUCGGGACGUUAUGAUGCUUCGCGGCGUCCUUAGACCUUUCGCCUUCUACUAUGCGCCGCCGAAGAGGUAGCACAUUCUCACCCGUCUCCACCUCUACUAGCAUCUCUUCGUGUAACUCGCACCAUAGUCGCGUCUGCGAAUCUGUUUCAUCGCAACAAAAGUGAGAAUCCGCUGAAGCUAAUCAUGACGACCGUGUCACCCGCCCAUGGACCCGCGUGGGGGGCCUAAUGGACGAUAGCAUCACAGGGACGACAGUCGGACUGUCUCCAGAGGGGCCGCGGAAAAUAGUUCAUAUAAGAACAGGCUCGUUAGACGACGAGUCUCGCGUCGUUCCCAUCGCGCGCUCGUCGCCUCCUGCCGGGUCGGCUGUGGGAGAGCCUGCGCGGCCUGGCACGGCCGGAAGGGGUGGAGGCUCGUCGGUAGAAAGCCGGGUGUCGCCGAAAAGCGCCUUGUCCCCGAGCUCUAGUAGUGCUGUUGGUAGUAGUGCGAGUAGUAGCAGUAGCAGUAGUAGGAGUUCAAGAAGUAGAGGCGCUUUGCACCCGAAGAGCGACGUGCAUCAUUCGGCGGGAAAGCCGGUCGUCAUACGGAAACGCGGCGACGUCUUCGACGACUCGCAGCUGUUUCCGUCGGCCAGAGCCUCUCCAUCGCAUCAACCUGACCUCACUGCGCGCCGAUCCCUAGACAUCUCCGUGUCCAGCCAACCAAGACGCAUUUGCCCCGCAGCUGACCUGGCGGCGGCGGUGCCAGCUGGCGGGCCGGCGGCAGCACCCAGCGCGUGGGCAGGCAAUGACACGUCAGCAGCAGCGGAGCCGCUCGGCCAGUCGGCAUGGGCCAACAACCUGGGGUGCAAACCCGACCCGCGGCUGAACCCCUACCCCAACUUCGGCUCCCAAAGAAUCCGCUUCUCCUCCUCUCAUGACAGCCCGGACUGGCUACAGAGCCAGAGUCAGAGGUCUUCAUCCGAGUUUAACCCGAAACUGAACCGAAGCUCCUUCGACAGCAGACAUGUGCCCAUCUCUCCCGCCCCCAUCCCGUGGGACUCUCCUGCUGCAGGCAGCAAGUCCUACAACGCAGUAACGAGUCUCGAGGGUAAAGCAGCACCGCUGACCGGCAGAGGAGAGCAUAUGCCUGAGUAUGAGCCGCCACCCAUCGGCACGGGGAGCAGCGGUGGGCAUAAGGCAGUAGGAGCACAGGGCCCGAGGGUAUCGCCGAAGUCUGGUUUUUGCCCUCAGGCCCCUGUCAGAGCAGCAGCAGCAGCAGCAGGGCCUGUGAGGGCUGUGAGAGGUGGGAGUGGAUCCUUUCUGUUGCUGAAAGAUGAGCUGGCCGCUUAUGAAAGACGCGCAGGGACGGUUGCAGACGGAGAAGCAGCAGCAGCAGCAGCAACAGGAGCAACAGGAGCAUCUGCGUUUGUGAGGGCGGUGGGGGGCGGGAGUGGAUCCUCCAUGUCGCUGAAAAACGAACUGGCGUCUUAUGAAAGACGAGCAGGGAGGGCAGCAGAAGGAGAAGCAGCAGCAGCAGCAGCAGCAGCAGCAGGAGCAUCUGUGUCUGUGAGGGUGGUGGGCGGUGGGAGUGGAUCCCUCAUGUCGCUGAAAGACGAGCUGGCGGCUUAUGACGACAGCGAGGAGGAGGGAGAGACGCUCAUACGACCUCGUGCACCUGCUGCUGCGGCCACACCUGCUGCUGCUGCUGCUGCCCCUGCUGCUGCUUUGGCGGCAGAUAUUUCUGCACCUGGUGCUACUUUGGAAGCCUCGUUCGAAAUCUUCCGUUCUGACUCUCCGCCAACUGCAGCAGCUGGGAGCCACAGCACAGGCAGCAGCGGGGGCAGCGGCAGCGGCAGCGGCAGUGGCAGUGGCAGUGGCUCCAUAUCUUUCUCGCCGAACGGCCCCCAGCUGGCAGGAAACAGCCAAGGGAACAGCAGAGGGUACAGCCGGGGGGCACAGGGGGGCGAGGCUGGAGGAGGGGGCUCCCCAGCAGCAGUGGAGUGCCGGCAAUUCUCCCCGGACCAACUCGCCCGAGCCACGGACAGCUGGGCGGCAGACAACAGGCUCGGGCGAGGCUCGUUCGGAACCGUAUACAAGGGCCGGUUGCUGGGAUGUAUGGGCAGUGCAGAGUACCACAUGGAAGUGGAAGUUCUGUCGAGGAUGCGGCACCCCCACAUAGUGCUGCUCAUGGGGCACUGCCCCGACGAGAUGUGCCUCGUGUAUGAGUACCUGCCAGGGGGCAGCCUGCAGGACUGUCUUGAUGCUAUUGCUGCUGGGAAUAGCAGUGGCAUGGGCAGUAGGGGUGGUGGGAUGAGCAGUGAUGGGUUUAGCAGCAGCACCGGUGGAGCGAGCCUAGGUGGUGCUGUCAUUAGCAGCGGUAGCAAUAGCAGCAGCAUUGGCGGGGGCAACAGUGCUGGUGGUGGUGGUAGUGUUGGGGGGAGCAGCAGGGGCGGCAGAAAGGCGUUGACUUGGUUUGACCGGGUGAGAAUCUUAUCUGAGGUGGCCGGAGCUCUGAUGUACCUCCACCAGAACGACCCCCCCAUAGCACACCGCGACUUAAAGCCCGACAACAUCCUCCUCGAUACAAGCCUCUCCUCUAAGGUGGGCGACGUGGGCCUUGCGCGGUUACUCAGCGACGUCGAGAACAUAACCGCGCGGGUGCGAGGCACAGUGGGGUAUAUUGACCCGGAGGAGCUAGAGACCUGCGAGAUCUCGGUGCUGUCUGACGUGUAUGCGUUUGGGCUGAUAGCGCUGCAGCUGCUCCUAGGGGAGCCCAACGUGAAAGAGCUCCAUAGGAGACUGGCGCGAAUGCAGGAGUGGAUUGGCGUGAGCAUGGGUGGGUUUGGGGUAGGGGGAGGAGAGGGCAUGGUGGGUAAUGCCUGGGGCCAGAGCCCGUCAGCCGAGGCAGCCAGUACAAGGGUUUUGGCGCGGACUAUUGAUGAGAUCGUGAGGGAGUUGGACAUUUCCGGGGGCCAGUGGCCCGUGCCUGUGGCUCGGAAGCUGGCGGAGCUGGCGCUCCGGUGUGUGGUUCGGCAGCGGGAGGCUCGGCCGAGCCUGGUGGAGGUGGUACAGCCGGCCAUGGGGGAGGUGAUGGAGGACGCUGAGGGGGAGAUGGGGAAGCGGAGACGAAGCUUCGACGAGCAGUGCAUGUGCCCCCUGUCGCAUAAACGCAUGACGGACCCGGUGGUGGCAGCCGACGGGUUCACGUACGAGCGCAGCAGCAUCGAGCGCUGGUUGCUCGCCCACUCCACCUCACCACGCACCGGCCAGCCACUCCCCCACAAGCACCUCACACCCAACCACACGCUCAAGGUGCUGCUGCAGGGGCAGUAGGGGCUGCUUACUUUGCUGCAGGGGCAGUAGAGGCUGCUACUCUCCACAGGUUCACGCAGAGGCGCAGCAGCAUCGAGCGCACCACCCUCCGCACCGGGCAGCCGCUCCCCACAAGCACCUCACACCCAACCACACACUCAAGGUGCUGCUGCAGGGGCAGAAGGGGCUGCACGCUUUGGUAGAGGCGCAGUAGGGGCUGCUACUCCCACAGGUUCAUGUACGAGCGCAGCAGCAUCGAGCGCACCUUCCCCCGCACCGGCCAGCCCCUCCCCCACAAGCACCUCACGCCCAACCCAGCCGCUCCUCCAUUGGUGCUUGUGCUUCCUUGGUGCUUGUUCUUCCUUGGUGCUUGUGCUUCCUUGGUGCUUGUGCUUGCUGCAAUCUGGGGGGCUGGGGUCCCUACUGGCCCUGCAGCUCAAGCACAAGCACAAGCAUCUCACUCACCCCCAGCCAAGGUGCUGCUGCAGGUGCAAUACAGUCUACUGCUGCCUGUGGGAUUGCCUGACACACUGGCAUGAUGGCAUCUGCAACCCGCCUUGGCAUCGAUCAAGCAUCUCGCCAUCUCCCUGCAAUCCGUCAUCUCUCAACAGACUUUCACUAUUUGUUUGCUGGCCAACCUUUUCCACCAACCCGGCUUCUCCGGCUUGGUGCUAUUGCGGCAGCGCACCAUUUGUGUUAGCAGCAACAACAGCAGCUAUUGUGCACUUCAAAUCCUGCAGUGCACGCUUUUUUUGUUCGAUUUUUAUCGUUUUGCCCGUAGGUAGCUGUAGUAUGCAUAGCAGACCCCCAGGUUGACGAUAUGCUGUGUGGAUUCAUGUAGAUGUGGUACUGUAUGGGCUGCUUUGGUACGAUGUGUUGUGAUAUAGUAGUUUCCAUGUAUCAUACAAGAUGAUGUGUAUAGUUUUCC